AUGUGCGCGAACUACGAGGGAUUUUUCAAGAAAUUCCACGAGACUAUUGACAACUGUAUGGACGAUGUGACGAGAAAUAAUUUCGCUAAUUUGGAAACCAAUUCAAAACGUGUCGCAUACUUAUGUAGCCUUCCUGCUAUAAAAUCAUACGAUCUCAGAAGUGAUAUUGAAAAAAGUGAAACAGGUGGCGAAUUUCCCGUAAAAAAAGACUUGGAAAAGGCGCGGCAAUUGAAAGAUGAAGGUAACAAAGCCGUGCAAAAGGGCGAUUGGGCUAAAGCUUUACAACUAUACAGCCAAAGUAUGGUGUUUGUACCUCGAAAAGAGACCGAAGAGCUUUCAAUUCUCUACGCAAAUCGAUCAGCCGCUCUAAGUCAUCUGGAACAGUAUGAAGAGACACUCUCCGACAUAAAACGCUGCCUGUCAUUGGGCUACCCUCGACAUCUAAGAUACAAGGUGUACGAACGAAAGGCGAGGACUUUGCUUGUGUUAAAAAGAAAUCAAGAAGCCAUAACUGCUUUUCAAAAUACCAUAAGUGCGCUUGAUGAAGCUGAAAGCCUCAACAAGGAGAAAAGGCAAAAAAUGCGAACAGAUGCUAAGCUUAUGUUGGAGAUAUUGAAUAAAGGUCUCACAUUAGCUGGUAACCCAAAAGAUCCAGAGCCAUUGAAAAAGACACCCCCAAAGCCAAAAUUGCCAGGAAAAAAUAAUCCUCAGUAUCCAGCCGCUUCUGAAGCCAUACAAAUAGAUUUUGACGAGAAAAAGGGACGAUAUGCAACGGCUACUAGAGAUAUACAGGCCGGAGAGACUUUGCUAAUUGAGAGACCUUUUAGCGGAGUACUCUUAGGAGAAUACUCUAGGACACAUUGUCAGAAUUGUUUCAUUAAAUGUUCUAUUCCACUGCCGUGCCCGAAUUGUCCAAAUGUCGUAUUCUGCAGCGAAAAAUGUUCGGAUACCGCCCAAAAAACUUAUCACAGCUACGAAUGCCAAAUUUUACCUCUGCUAUGGAAAUCAGGCUGCUCCGUUACUUGCCAUAUAGCUUUACGAAUGAUCACACAAAACAGAAAAGAAUACUUCAAUGAAAUCAGUGCUAAUAUUGACGAAAAACCAACCGGUGUCUACAAGACAAGCGAUUAUAGGAACAUCUAUCACUUAGUCGCUCACGAAGACGAGAGAACCAAGCAGGAUUUCUUACAUAGAUCUCAAAUGACAGUCUUCUUGGUAAAACUACUCGAGAUAAGCGGCUACUUCGAUGGAAAGCCAAGAGAAAAACCAGUGGAAAUCGACGAACUUAAAUCUAUGGGUGUUGAUGAAAAGCAUAACGAAGCAGUUGCAUUGAUUGGAGGCCUAGUAUUGAAAAAUCUGCAAAUCUUACAAUUUAAUGCACACGAAGUAUUUGAAUUGCAGUGCCCAAAACCAAGGGUUGGGAAAAAUAUUAUUAAGCAUAACGGGAAAUCGGUCUUUUUGGCUGGUGCUAUAUUUCCGACUCUUGCGUUAUUCAAUCAUUCAUGUGAUCCAAGUGUUGUAAGAUAUUUUUGCGGACCGUACAUCGUCGUGAAAGCUGUUAAAAACAUAAAGAAAGGGGAAGAAGUGGCCGAAAACUACGGUCCAAUCUUCACAACUGUGCCUAAAGAAAACCGGCAAGCAGAUUUAAAAGAACAGUAUUGGUUUGAUUGCACUUGUGUUCCUUGUCAGCAAAACUGGCCACUUUACGAGGAGAUGACAGAAAAUUAUAUGAGGUUUAAAUGCGAUUCAGACCGACCCUGUCCUAACGUGGUGGCGGUGCCCUACGACUGUCAAGAGUUUAUGAUAAAAUGCGGGCUAUGUGAACAACAUACCAACAUAUUGAAAGGACUUAAAUCUUUACAGGAUACAGACAUGAUGUACAAACUUGGCCGCGCAGCAAUGGAAGAAGGAAAAUAUGGUGAAGCAAUAAAGAAAUUUGUGGAAAUUUUAAAGUUGUAUGAUGCUACACUUGCACCACCCUACAAAUCAUAUUAUGACUGCAUUCAAGAUAUGAGACGUUGUAUGCUGGCUUUGGGCAACUACAGCAUUGUUUAA